CGUUUCUUUUCGGAGUAGGGACGCCCAGCCGGAAGAGGAUGGCGGCCGCUGCACUGAAGAGGUUGUGGUCCCGAAGCCGCGGGGAGGCGGGGGACGCUGCGGCUGCAAAGCCUGGCGUGUGGGCGCGGUUGGGAGCUUGGGCCCGCGCGCUGCUCCAGGACUACGCAGAGGCCUGCAGAGACGCGGCGGCGGCAGCGCGAGCCCGGCCCGGGCGGGCAGCCGUGUACGUGGGGCUGCUGGGCGGCGCGGCGGCCUGCUGCGCCCUGGCGCCGAGCGAGGCAGCCUUUGAGGAGGCGCUGCUGGAUGCGUCGGGGACGCUCCUGCUGUUGGCGCCGGCCACACGCAACCGCGAUUCUGAAGCAUUUGUGCAGCGGCUGCUCUGGCUGCGGGGUCGCGGCCGCCUGCGCCACGUGAGCCUGGGCCUCUGCUCGCUCGUGUACGAGGCGCCGUUCGACGCCCAGGUCAGCCUCUACCAGGCCCGCUGCCGCUACCUGCAGCCCCGCUGGGCGGACUUCCCGGACCGGAUCUUGGAUGUGGGCUUCGUGGGCCGCUGGUGGGUGCUGGGGGCCCGGAUGCGCGACUGCGACAUCAACGACGACGAGUUCCUGCACCUGCCGGCACAUCUACGCGUAGUGGAGCCCCACCAGCUGCACUCGGAGGCCAACGAGCGGCUCUUCGAUGAGAAGUACAAGCCUGUAGUGCUCACCGACGAUCAGGUGGAUCAGGCGCUGUGGGAGGAGCAGGUCCUGCAGAAGGAGAAGAAAGACCAGCUCGCCCUGAGCCAAGCCGAUCCCUUGACGCCCUCGGAAGUCGCUAGAUGAAACCCAUUGCGGCCUGGGUCCUGACCGGAUCCUGAGCCCAAGCAGACUGCCGACCAAGGAUUGUGCCGUUGGUGAGAAUCAGCCUCAGUCGUAGAGCGAUGGAAAUAAAUUGUGUGCAGUGAUCUCUCCAUGGGUUUUCACAAAAUUGAGGGCCUCCCUCUCACCUGUUCCUUGUGAGUUGACGCUAAUUCAGAGCCUCCUUGGUCUUGGAGUUGGGAAGAGCAGAAGGAUAUGCCUUGUAACAUUUAUCACUGCCAGAGUUAGGAGCCUUAGAUGGAAAUAAACCUUUGCACUGGGCUUAAUGAUUCCUCCGACUGAGGUAUCACAGUUGUUAGGUGACUCCCAAGCUCUCCUAAGAACUUUUAGAUUUUCUUUUUUCUUUUUUUGUUCUUUUAGGUCCGCACCUGUGGCAUAUGGAGGUUGCCAGGCUAGGGGUCUAAUCAGAGCUGUAGCCCCUGGCC